GAAAAUAUGGAUGACAAGUCACCAACCAAGCCAGAAAAGGGAAAUAAAAGUAAUUCAUCUCCACCAGCCACACAAGGAAUACCUACAGAUUCUGAUAAUACAGAACAGAACUUACAGAGCAAGGAUGAUCACCAAAAAUUACAUGAGACAGCAACAAAUUCACAAAACUGUGAACUUACAGAAAGUGACCCAGUAAAGCCAGGAGAAAGUACAGUUGAUGAAGAGAACAAAGCUUUGCCUAAAGAUUCUAAGAAAUCAUCUACAGAAAAUGAGAAAUGCAAUAAAUCCAUUGAAAUUGAGGGAAGAACAAAGCAGCAGGCAUUUGAUCUAUUAAAAUGGAAAAAUAGUUCACCUACACAAGCUAAGGAGAAAAAGAAAAGAAUGUUAGUUUUGUGAUUAGUAAUUACUUAGAAUCAUGUUUGCCACAAGUAGUUAUUAAUAAUGGUAAUAGGACUGAAAGGAAUCCAAUUCAGUCUGUGAUCAAACGAGUUAUUAACAAAAUCAGACGACAGCAAAGAAGAAGUCCAAUCUAUUUAUUACAAGUAUGAUUAAAGACAGAAUUGGUCAACACAAAGUCCUAUUACCAAGAAAUCAUAACUUAAAAUUUCAAAAGAAAAAGAAAAACUGGAAAAAAGUCAAAAUUGACAAAAGGUAUACACAUUGUCUGAAGUUGGAAAUUCCCCAAUUUUGUAGGGAAGAGGUUGUUGCUAUGGCUAUUGUAAUCAAUUAUCUGUUUAGUGGAUUUAGCUGAGUGGGCCUAGUAUAAUUGGCUAAUUUAACUGUCUGAUUACAGUCAGCUGUCUGAUUACACUGUCUGAUUACAACUCUACAGAAUAAUAAGAGAAAGAUGAAGCAGCUAAUGCACAUUUGAAGAAAUUGUGAUGGUUAUAGUUAGGAUAGUUAUAGAAAUGAUGUAAUACAAAGUUGUAGUGUGGAAGAUAUGGUGACCUAAAGGUUAGCUCAGUGUGGGUCAAGAGGUCUGGGCCUGAGAUUUUGCUGGAUGAUUGUGUUAUGCUCUUAAGUAAGACACUCUAUACUCACUAUUGUAGUUUGCAGGAGACAUUCCUUAACCCUUUACUCCCUAACAUCAGUAUGCAUACUCUCCAUACUACUCCCUAGACAUUUCUUAGGGUUCUGACAAGGAGAAUUUGUUCAACAAUCAAGAGCUUCUUUAGUUGGUGAUCAUUUCCUCUAAUCUCGUGACUUUGACAAUCAUCAUCCGCUGACAAUCAUCAUGGCGGGAAGAAGCAAAAUUUUUAGUUCGCCUAUACUUUGGUUUCUUUUUGGCUUUUCUCUGUACAUAUUGGCAUGUUUAAGUGGCAAAGAUGCACACAUCGGACUAGAUAUGCGCCUCGUCAAAGUAAACAAGCAAAGCUGGGAUAAUCAUCAUUGGUUUUUGAAACCGAUAUCUUCCAUUUUGUUUCGACUCAAUAUCCGCCAUAUUGGAUUCGUGUGGAAAGCUCGAGUCAGAUUCAGGAAUUCGAGAGUCAACUACUACAGCAACUCCGAUGCAAGCUUCAACUUUGAAUAUUUACAACUAUGUGGCGACAUAUGUCCUAACCCGGGGCCUGCUUCCCCUCUGUUUGAUGCACUUCACGUGGUGAGAGACAAUGGAAAGCAAGGAGUAUCCAUCGGUCACUCGAACGUGCGAGGCCUCCGUAAGAACCUCCCCGAAGUGAAAAUACUUUUACAGCAUACCAACCUGGAUAUCCUAACCAUUUCUGAAACGCAUCUGACACAAGAUAUAAGCGAUAACGAAGUAAACAUCGAUGGAUACCGAAUUCUGAGAAGAGAUAGGUCACACAAAGUAGGAGGCGGAGUCGCUAUUUACUUUAACAUUAGCCUAGAUUGUGUACGUAUAUCCAAAUAUGACAACGACGGCAUUGAAGCUCUCUGGAUUGAAUUGAAAGCUCACUCGCAAAGAUUACUUGUGGGUUGUGUAUAUAGACCUCCUGACGUUACAUCUUUCUUUGAUGAAUUCAACCAAGUAUUGAGUACAAUUUGGAUGUCUCGCAGGAAUGUUGUGAUCGCUGGUGACUUCAAUUCAGAUCAGCUUGCUACUAAUGGAAAUGGUGCGAAAUUCAAACGCAUCUUACAAUCUUAUAACUUUUGUAACAUCAUAAAAGCACCCACAAGAACCUCAGCACAUUCUAACACUUUGAUCGAUCUGAUUUUGACUAUCAAUACCUCAAAGGUCUCAAAGUCUGAUGUGAUUGAGUAUUGCAUAGCUGAUCACAAAUUCAUCUACGUUAUCUACAAGCUGAAGAUCAGGAAUCCAAAGCCUUUUAUUAAAUAUGUCCACAACUUCAAGAACGUGUUGGAAAACCCGAAAGACUUCAAACAUGACCUGGAAAGUGCUCCCUGGUGGGUCUGUUCCACCUUUGAGGACUUGGAUGACAUCACUUGGGCUUGGAAUUGCAUGUAUAAUAUUAUUGCAAGCAGUCACAUUCCCUUACGUAAAGCCAAGGUUAGAAAAAAUUCACUACCUUGGAUGAACAGUGAGAUCCGGAAAGAGAUGAAUAAGAGAUAUAAACUUCUGAAAGCCUGUGAUGGCACACCCGCUACUAAUAAACUCUGGGUUGAUUACAAAUCCUCUAGGAACAAAGUAUCUAAGAUGCUACGACGUGCUGAAGCUCAAUAUUGGAAAAAGAAAUUUACAGAGACCAAGGACUCAAAAUCUUUCUGGAAAACUGUGAACGAGGCCACUGGAAAACCUAAGAAUAAACAUAUUGGCCCCUCAGAGAUGCUGAAAAUAAGGAAAUCACAAAUGACUACGAGAAAGCUGAACUGAUUAACUCUUACUUCAUAAAUAUUGGCAAGGAACUAGCUGAAAAAUUCCCCGAAGUUGAUGAUCCCCAUCAAUUCAUGUACAGAGUUACCCCCACUGUGCAGGUCUUGGAGGUCAACAUCAACAAACUCAAAACUGAUAUCAAGACAAUUAAAAUUAACAAAGCAUCUGGUCCUGAUGGCAUCUCUUCUCGUAGCUUAGCUAUUGCAGGAACAUCCGCCCUAGAGGGCAUUGUAACUGUUUUCAAGAGCAGCAUGGCUCAGUCCAGCUUCCCUAACACAUGGAAGAUUGCAAAAGUUAAUGCAAUCUUUAAAAAGGAAACCCAGCAGAUGUUUCAAAUUAUAGGCCAAUAUCACUUUUAAAUAUCCCCAGCAAGCUGCUCGAAAGCCAGAUCUGCAACAUAAUUGAUACCCAUCUGAACAGCUGUGGCAUAAAAAGCUGUAAACAGUGGGGGUUUAGCAAGGGACUAUCGACUGAAGGAAUGCUUACCUCUAUGACUGAAGGAUGGAAGACAGCAAUUGACAAUGGUCUGACAGUUGGAGCAGUCUUUAUUGACUUCCAGAAAGCUUUUGACACUGUCCCCAUUAUAUUUUAUCGCAUAAACUACACGCCAUUGGAAUAUCAGGAUCUCUUCAUGAAUGGCUAAUGAGCUAUCUUACUGAUAGAUGUCAAUUUGCUGAAGUUAAUAAUUGCAGGUCGGUCACUGACUAUGUGCGAUAUGGAGUCCCUCAAGGCUCGCUUCUUGGCCCCCCGGCUCUACACCAUAUAUGUUAAUGAUCUCCCUGACCACAUCGACUCGGGAGAUCUAUACAUGUAUGCAGAUGACACUACAGUUUACUGUAUUGGACCAAAUGUUGACCAGGUUAUGUUGUCACUAAAUAAAUCAUUGGAGCAAGUUCUCCUGUGGAGCAUUAAGAAUCAGCUAACCAUCCACCCAAUUAAAACUGAAGCAAUGAUACUAAGUAAAACCUCUUUUGUUGGGCCUAUACCUCCCCUCCACUUUAACACUGGCCAUAUCGACCUGGUUAAUUACACCACUUGUCUUGGAGUUAAAAUUGACAAUAAGCUGACAUGGUCUGUGCACAUUGACUCAGUGAAGAAAUCUUUUACGCAGAAGGUUGGAGCGUUGAAGAGAAUGAGAAUCCUUCGAAGAAGGUUCUCGAGGAAAUAUACUUUAAAACAAUUAUCCCCAGUGUAACGUAUGGAAUUUCGGUAUGGGGAAAUUGUUCUCCUUCCGCACUGAACUCUCUAAACCAUAUUCAUGCAAGAGCAGCUCGUAUUGUGAAUAACCUCGACUCAACGAUGGCAGAUGACACAUGUCUCAUGAAAUCCGACUGGCUGCCCAUCUCUUACUUCUAUAAAAAUCUGUACUGUUCCUCUUGCACAAAGUAUAUUUUGGAACAACGACCCAGUCGAUAUGUGAACUGUUUUCUAAAAAGAGUUUCUUCUAGAUCUUCUCGUGUUCCUAACCAAUUUAAUGUCAUUAGAUUUAGAUCAGAGACCGCAGGAACUCCCUACGAUACAGAGGUCCUGUUAUUUGGAAUUUUGUAAAUAGAUUAGUUAAAGUACCUGAAAGUUUUUAUUCUUUUAAACAAAUCUUACGUAAACAUGUUAAGACUAUUGACAAUUUUUCAUUUGAGAAAGAGGCAACAGUAGUUGCCAACAGAAAGGACCAUUUCAUUUACUUUUAGAUUUAUAUGUUAGUCUUAGUGAACACCAUUUUAUUUGUAUAUAGUAGUUCUAAGUUAUUAUUGCAAUUUUUAUAUAUAUGUAAUUCCUAAUAUUUAGUAUAGUAGGUCCACAUCAGCCCUUUGGCUGCCUUUCACACAACCUACUUAUCAAAUAAAGAAUGUAUGUAUAUGUAUGUAUGUAUGUAAUGUUUGAUUCAAGGGUGAUAUUGUAAGGAGAAAUUAGAUGCUGGACACUUUUAGGGGUUAAAGGGUUAAAGAACUUGCAAGUUGGUUUUCAACCAAAGAUCUUUAUGUCCUUUAUCUUCUUUGCUUUUAAAUUUUUCAGCAAGAAAAAAGAAGUGAAGCAUUCACGACAAACUGAGGUUUCUGAAUAUUUUCCUGUUAGGAGAAGUGGUCGCAAGAGCAAAUCAGUUCUUGAGGUAGUAACUUAUUUGUUCAUACAACAAAUUGGCUUUCCUAAAUUUCCAUAACACUCCUUAGUUUUUGCAUGUCUUUCCUUUUUCCUGACUAACGUCAGUCUCACUUUUUAAUUGUUUAAGGAAAUGUAUUUUGAUUGUAGAAUGAAAAACAAAAAGCUUUGGAGGAGGCCUUGUUAUCAGGCAAAGAGGAAGGUCUAGAGGUAAGGCAGAUAUUCACCCUUUAACGCCCCAACACCAGUAUACAUUUUCUUUGUACUGUUCUCCAAGAUCUGAUUGUUGAUUCUCCCCUGUAGCUGCUACACAUUUCCUUGUAAAUUAGUUAUGAGAACUUGGUGCUAGAGCAAGAUAGCAGCUUCUACCUGAUAAGUUUGAAUAUUCUCAUUAGCUGUUUGCUGAAGAAUGUAUGGAUAUUGUAGGGAGAAGUUUUAUUUUAAUCACUUCUGGGAGUUAAAGGGUUAACAAUCAAGAGCUUCUUUAGUUGGUGAUCAUUUCCUUUAUUCUGAUGACUUCCAUGUUUGUUUUAGGGGUAAUACUGAUAGGAGAAAAUAGUUACUAAUCACUCUUAGGGGUUAAAGGGUUGAAUCUGAGGAUGUACAACGAUUGAAUCUAUGAUAAGCUGAAUUAUGUACCCAUUUUGAUUGCAAAGAGAAACUAAGAGGUUUAUCAUGAUUCUCAAACCAGGUACAAGAAGUAGAGGGUAAAGGAAGAGGUGUUUUUGCCAAAAUAGACUUCACAAGAGGACAAUUUGUGUGCGAAUAUGCUGGUGAACUUAUUAAUUAUGAAACUGCAAAGGAACGAGAGAAAUUCUAUGAAGGAAAGACAGAAUUUGGAUGUUAUAUGUAUUAUUUCAACUUCAAGGACAAAAAGUACUGGUAAGCACUGUAAAAAAGUACUUUGUAAUAUCUAACAGUGUGUUCCUUUGAGCAGCAGCAUUAUACCACUAAUUUGGUUAUGCCUGGUUGUUUUGUUUUAAUGACCUAUCACUUUUUUGACAUAGAAGAGAUCAAGGACUCUCUACCCCUCUCCUACUUAGCAACACUUUGGAGUAAAAUUACACAAUGAUCCCCACUCCUCUCCCACUUAGCAAAACUUUAGAGCGGUAUUUCCUUUACUUUAGGAGUUUUUAUUUACGAAAACGAAACCUAAUGCAAUUCACAGGAAAAAAGCAGCGUAGAUAUUUUUUAAUUUUUUGUCAUCAUUAUUUCAAUUGGUUAGUGUUGAUGCCACGAAAGAAAGCGGCAGACUGGGUCGGCUUUUGAAUCACAGCAGAACGGAAGCCAAUUGUGUAACAAGGCUGGUGUCAAUCAAAGACAGACCUUACCUAAUACUGGAAACAAACAGAGACGUCAAAGUGGGAGAAGAACUUCUCUACGAUUAUGGAGAAAGAAGCAAAGACAUCCUUCAAUUUCAUCAAUGGUUAAAGAGCUAGUGCAGAAAUUCUUAGUAGGAUACAAGAUCUCUUCGCCGACAUGUAAACUCAGUGGCAAGCAACUCGCCGACACUAAUGGCCAACUCGUCAGCUCGCUAACCCUAACCAACGUUUUGUCAAUUAAAAAAUUUCUUGUAGUCUAAAGUAUUUAUUGUUGUGUUUGUAUCGGCUAGUUUUCAUUCGAAACUGUUAACUUUGUUAUAAAAGGCCCCGAUUUAACCUUGUUUUCAAUGAGGAACUGACUAAGUGGUGUCGGCGAGGUGACCAAUGGUGUCGGCGAGCUGACCAAUGGUGUCGGCGGGUUGACAUAUCGGCAAAGUGACCGGUAACCCUGGAUAGUCUGGUGACUGAAGAACUGACUCAAAUUCUGUGUUGCGAUCAGCCUUAUCGCUACGAAUGGACUGGAUGCCAGUUGCCAUUCACUUUUUCUACAGAUCGUCAGACUGGAUUACGUUUGAAGUAUGCUCCUCAUCCUAAAAUAUCUCAUUUACACCUUGGGAAGCUGCUACAAUCUUUAACCAAUUUCAUUGGUCUCUUUAUGAUAACGAUUUCUGUGAAAUUAUUUAAAAUUUUUUCGUA